GGGCAGGCGUGGGCUCUCUGUACUCCCAGCUUCAACGUCUCGGGCGGCCGAGUCUCUACUGGAGGCUGAAUUCCUAGACCCUGCUAAACAUUUACCAUUUUGGAAUUUAAAGUAUGACAUCAUGGCAAAGUUUCGAAGAAGGACUUGCAUCACUUUGUCACUUUUUAUUCUAUUUAUUUUCUCUCUGAUGAUGGGUUUAAAAAUGCUGAGACCACAUAAAGCUGCUUUUGGAGAUCCUUUUGGACUUGACCUUCUUCCAGAAAUUCGGCAACAAACUCCUCAUUUGGUAAAAACUUUUGAUUCCCAAAAGAGUGACAAAAUCAACAGUGAAACAAACGUCAAGAAUUUAAAAAGUGUUGAAAUCACUGUGAAACCUUCCAAAGCCUCUGAACCUUACCUGGAAGAACUGCCACCUCGGAAUUAUUAUUUACAUAUAUUUUAUUACAGCUGGUAUGGAAAUCCACAAUUUGAUGGUAAAUAUGUACAUUGGAACCAUCCAAUCCUCUCGCAUUGGGACCUUAGAAUAGCCAAGAAAUAUCCACAAGGGAAACACAACCCCCCAGAUGACAUUGGCUCCAGCUUUUACCCUGAAUUGGGAAGUUACAGCUCUCGGGAUCCUUCUGUCAUUGAAACUCACAUGAAACAAAUGUACUCAGCUUCAAUUGGUGUACUAGCCCUAUCUUGGUACCCACCUGACUCAAAUGAUGAGAAUGGAGAACCUACUGAUAACUUGGUACCAGCUAUUUUGGAUAAAGCUCAUAAAUAUAAUCUGAAGGUCACUUUUCACAUUGAACCAUAUAAGAAUCGAGAUGAUAAAAACAUGUACCGAAAUGUCAAAUACAUUAUAGACAAAUAUGGAAAUCAUCCUGCCUUUUACAGGGAAGGACGCUUUCAAAAUCUUCCUCAGGUAUUCAUUACAGCUGCCUUUACCAUUUGACUUAUAACAAGUUUAGAUUGCAUAAUCACAAGAAAUCAAUUCUUUGCUUUUAUUUAAUUCAAUAAACUAAAGUAACUGUUAAAGAAAAAACAGUGUAAUAUAUGCAAUGCAUGAAUCAAAAUGAAUUAUUUUAUGGUUUAAUCAGUCUAAUUGUUUUGACUGUAUAGAAACCAAAUCUUUCUUUUACUACUCUCUUUAAGGACUGAUAUUGUCAAAAACUGCUGUAAUUAAUGUUGAUCUCAGCUGUAUAUUAACUUUUUUGUUUUAAGAGUAAUUUUAAAAUGACUAUUUUGUUACAUGAAGUAGUUAACUUUCACCUAAUAAAAGCAUACACGGAAUAAAUUGUACGUUAGAUAUAAAAAUCUUUUUUUUGAAAUGUUUUAUUUAAUUUCUGAUUAACAGUUCAAAAGUAGUAUUCAGUCGCCACUCUAUAUAUCUUCUCUAUUUGAAAUAUACAGCAUUUAAAAAGUAGGUAUCUUUUAACUGUACUUUUAAAAUCUGUGAAUUUGUGUUAUACACACAAAAAUAUGAAUUUUUUAAAUUUGGAAGAUGGUUUCUUAUUUUUUUAUUCUUUGGGCAUAAUCAUAUAUGAGCUCCAACAUCCUUUAGAAAAUUGAUCUUCCCCUAAAACAGCAAAAGUAACAAGCCACUAGAGAACCUACCAAGUUCAUAACCAAGCCCUUUUUGAAACUGAUCACAGUUAUUCAAUUUAAGCACAGUGACUGCUCCUAAACUCUAUAGUGCCUACAGAAGCAGUCCUUAAAAGUCUUUAUCUAAAUUUUGAAUUAAGGUUGAACACUCUCAUGUCCCAUAGUGUAGAAGCAAUACUUUAUUUAUGACCAGCAAAAUUUAAGUUAUUUUUAUAAAUAUUUACAAUUUCAAAAGGAAAAAUUGAGCCAAAAAGUUUUUGGCUCAGCUAUUCCUUUUUUUUAAAAAAAAGUACUGUAAAUUUAAAUGUACUUUAAAUUUAAAUUAUAUACUGACUGUUAUAUAUCCACAUAAAGGCUAAAUGUUAUAGUAUGCUUAGUAUAGGAUUAUUAUCCUUGAGAAUGCAGGUACUACUUUGGCUUACUUACAGAGUCAUCCUUAGUCAAGUCAAAGAACUUAGCGGUAGUGCUAUUAUAUUCCAACUAUCACUGAAUGGGGGAACAUUUUUCAAUGUUAUUAGAUUUUGUUGUUAUAAUUACCAUUUAUUAUAUCAAAAGACAAAAUAAUUUAAGACCUAAUAAGCAAAUACUCAUAGAUCUAAAAUUUACUGAAGUCAAAACAUAGUGACACUUUUUAUAUUGUAUGUUCUAAACUUCAUUUAAAGCAUCUUAUAUAUUGAAGUUCAAAUUUCUCAUUUAUAUAACCUUAAAUGUAACCAUAAAGUUAAAAAGCCUUUUAGAGUCUGUCUCAUUGAAAUAAUUAUUUCAUGAAACAAAAUAAUGAUGUACCAUGGUAGUGAUAAUUCUGUAUACAAUUCAACUUACAGUAUAUGAUUGUAUUGUCAUGCUUUUGUGUUUUUACUUUAGAUUUUUUUUAUUAAUUUUUAUUGGAGUAUGGUUGCUUUACAAUGUUGUGUUAGCCUCCACUGCACAACAGAAUGAAUCAGCCAUACAUAUACAGAUUUCUCCUACUUUAGAUUUUUAACCUAGUCUUUUAAAAAGUCAAAACAACAAUCAUUAUAAACAAUACAAAGUGGCAGUCUUCAGCUACUCAGUAGCAUUUAAAAUACAUUAUGUCCAUGCAUAAAAGUAUUUUUCAGUCCGUUUUAUAAAAGCCAUUUUCAAAGCACUAUAUAUCACCAUGUUAAUUUGAUUAUAGUAUCUAACAAUGUGACUUUUAUACGGAUCUUGAAAAUAUCAUAUGCAAAAGAGAAAAAUACUUAGAAGAAAUUCAAUUGUAAUACAUGCAGUACAGUUUAGAAAUGUAUAUGUUUGAACAGUCACCUAAGAAUAGCAGCCACACUUUUUUUAGUUUAUACAUACUAAAUUUAUAUUUGAGUACUGCCGUUCUAUAUAUCGUUUUUAAUUACCCAUAUUAUCCAUAUGGCAGACGAUUAAGCCAUUACUAUUAAAAUUGUGCAGUCCAAUCUGACUUCAUGUAAAAAGUCAACUGCAAAUCUGAUAGCUAAAUUCUUACUUGAAAAUUUGCUGCAUUGUUAUAUUUAAAGUACAUUCUUGAAAAUUAUGCUCUUGGCUUUUUAGGUUCUUGUAAGAACAAUAUUUAGUGACAGUCAUUAU